CCCGGACGGAUCCGUAGCCUAGGAAACGGGUGUAGCUACAACAACACUGUGCGAGUUACAUAAAUUUUUUUGUUGAAACCUAAGAAACUAUUAAUUUGCCUUAACUUCUAAAUAGGUAUUUCACAAAUAUUUUAUUAAAGGUGAUUACAGCAAAUACUGCAAGUGAUGAGUUUUUUGACAGAUUAGAAUGGCUGGCAGACUUUGAGUGCGCGGGCGACGAGGUGCUGGUGGAGUCGUCUCCGCCCGCCUCGCCCGACAUGGCGGCGAGACUAGCGGCACCCUCACAGGACUGUGUCCAGGGUGCCGGCACAGGCGGCACUUCACCCAGCGACGUGCGUGAGCUCAUCGUCAUACCGGAACUGCCCAACGCCAUACACUUACAGCAUGCUAUUCAACAGGUAUCGGGCUCAGUGGUGGAUGUGAACGGCGACAGUUCCGGUCACUCCAGUCCCACUGCGGAGGCUCAGCACACCUACAUCGUCACCAUCGAGAACGCAUGGGACCAAGACUCGCUGCACAUCAAGUCUGAGACGCAGAGUGAUGAGGAAAGUGAGGGCAGUAACGGCGUCAACUAUCAUGUGCAAUAUGUGGAGCCGCAAGAAAUAUACACUCAGACCGGACAUCAGACACAUAUGGAAACCCUCCGCACGUACCCCGUGUACAACGUGACCAGCGUGGGCGCGGUGGGCGGCGUGGGCGGCGUGGGCGGCGUGGGCGCGGUGGGCGAGGCGGGCGCCGUGACCGCCGUGACGGCCGUGACGGCGCCGCCCGACGAGUGGGGCGCGGAGUUCGCGUUCGCGGCCGAGCAGCCCGCGUCGCCGGCGCCGGGCGCGCGCAUGCCGCCCGCCACGGUGCAGUGGCUGCUGGAGCACUACGAGACGGCCGAGGGCGUGUCGCUGCCGCGCUCCACGCUGUACGCGCACUACCUGCGCCACUGCUCCGCGCACCGCCUGGAGCCCGUCAACGCCGCCUCCUUCGGCAAGCUCAUCCGCUCCGUGUUCGUGGGCCUGCGCACGCGCCGCCUGGGCACGCGCGGGAACUCCAAGUACCACUACUACGGCAUCCGCGCCAAGCCCUCCGCGCAGCGGGACCUGCCCGCCGCGCUGCCCAAGCCCGACCUGGAGGAGGACCAGACGGAGCCGAGGGAACGUGAUAUCGAGCAAAAUCCAGUAGGUCUGAGUGGGAUAGCACAUCGCCAGUACCUGGGAUCGGUCAGCGCUCCCGAGCCGCCGGAGCUCACCGUCGAGGAUCUGCCCGAAGAUAUCACACAGGAGGCGCUGCAGCAGCUGAGGGAACAACAUAGACAGCACGGCGUGGAGUUCCUGGAGGCGGUGGCGGCGCUGGACACGGGCGCCGUGGAGCGCAGCCGGCGCGCCUUCUGGCGGCGGGCGGGGCGCGCGGGGCUGCGGCUGGCGGCGCGCCGCGACGUGUGCGCCUGGCUGCGCCGCGCAGAGCUGCGCCUGCACCAGCGCGCCGUCGACCUGCUGCUGCCCGACGUGCUGCGGCCCAUCCCCUCGCAGCUCACGCAGGCUAUCCGCAACUUCGCCAAGAGCCUGGAGAGUGCGCUGGCGGCGGGCUCGAGCGGCGCCCCCGCGCUGGCCGCGCGCGCCCAGAGCUCGGCCGCGGCGGCGCUGGCGGCCGCGCUGCGUCGGUACACGUCGCUCAACCACCUGGCGCAGGCCGCGCGCGCCGUGCUCAACAACCAGCACCAGAUACAGCAGAUGCUGUCGGAUUUGAACCGCGUAGACUUCCGCGUGGUGCGCGAGCAAGCGGCGUGGGCCUGCGCCUGCGGCAGCGCGUCCACGGCGCACCGCCUCGAGGCCGACUUCAAGGCGCGGCUGGGCCGGGGCGCGCCGCUGGAGGCGUGGGCGGCGUGGCUGGACGGCUGCGUGCGCGCCGCGCUGGCGCCGCACGAGCGCCGCGCCGACUACACCCCGCGCGCGCGCCGCCUGCUGCUCGACUGGUCCUUCUACUCCUCGCUGGUCAUACGCGAGCUCACGCUCCGGUCGGCGGCGUCGUUCGGUUCGUUCCACCUGAUCCGGCUGCUGUACGACGAGUACGUGAGCUUCCUCAUCGAGCGGCGCGUGGCCGAGCACCGCCGGGAGCCGCCCAUCGCCGUCAUGCAGCGCGCCAUGGAUGAUGACGAGGAACUCCCCGAGGAGCCGGAGCACCCCGCGGAGGAGGAGGACGGGGAGCCGGAGUGGGAGUGGGAGGACGAGGACGAUGAGCCGCCUGACGCCAAACGACCGAAGAUUGAUGAGUAGCGUUGGUUGUCCGAGUGUAGUUUACUCAUUCAGGAAUUGGAACUAAAGUGAAGUGUUUUACUCGGAGUAUGUAUAUGCUAUUAGCAUAUACUUGUACAGAGGAAAUCAUCUAAACAAACUCUCAACUCAGUUAUCUGACUAUAAAUGUGAUUGAAUUUGUUCUACCAUACAAUUAUCAGAUAUUAUAACUAAACAUAAUUGUUAUGAAGAACUGAAAGUAUUUUUGCAUUUAAACCAACAAAGAAUACCCAAACGUCUAGUCAUAUGCUCGUUAUAUGUACAUUAAAAAGCUCAAUUCAUUUGUAAAUAUAAUGUAUUUAGAUCACUAUACAUGCUUAUUUAGAGGUCUUGUAACUCCAUUAUAUUCUAAGAUAUUAAACCUGCUUCGUUGAUGCUGUAGCUAGAUUAUAACGCUGCGUAUCCAACGCGCUCGGUUUAAUCCUGUUUCGUUAUCAUUCAUCAGUAAAUGGUAAUUGUUUUUUACUGUCAAAGUUGAUUGUCAUUCCCUGGAGAACUCGUGAAGCCUCACUCGCUUUUUCUCAGAUUGUCAUCCAAAAAGGAAAAAAACCCGCCGUCAAAAGAGAGAGUUCUUUUGUUUGCGGCAUACACUUGUGACGUUAUUAUAACAUCACUUACUAAAAUAACUCUAGUCUUUGGGUUUUUUACUGUCUCUGUCUUUCUUUGCCAGAAUUCGGUGAGAAGGAUUAUCUUAUAAGGAAUAAAAAAAACAAUAGUCCACUCAAGCUUAAAUACUUAAUAUCAUAAUUGUCUUUGUUAUGGAGUUACAAAGUUAAAAUUUAAAGGCAAUGUUUUAUGUAUUUAUUAUAUUUACAUUAAUGUGUUUGGAAUAUUAGGAACUAAUUUCUAAUUGUCUAUAAGCCAUUGAAGCGUAAUGUGCGCGAACUUUGUGCAGUCAUUAUUUAAGAAAAAUUAAUUAAUUAAAUCAGACGGUGUCCAUGUAAAUACACGUAGCUUAUUUUUGUUUGACAUUAGCAAGAUUAUGUAGAUGAUUUGGAAAAAUAAAAGAAAAGUAUAAAUGUCUAUUUAAAAAAGGUUUAUUAAGUAUACGCUAUCAAUAAUUGUCUAUUGUUAAGAUUGUAAUUAUUAAGUAAAAUUGUCAUUGAAUAAGUUCCGAAACAUGUUGCUUUUUACCAAAGACUUUGAUGAUGAUUUAUAAAUCAUGUAUAAUCUGUUUCAAAAAAUAUCGAAACUUACUUCAAAGUGUUAUAAAAUAUUUUCAAAUAAGAUA